AUGUCAUUCCAGGUUGUCACACUUCUCAAUGACUUGUAUCUAGCCUUUGAUGGUGUAGUUGACAAUUUCAAAGUGUACAAAGUUGAGACGAUAGGUGACGCCUACAUGGUGGUUUCUGGUCUUCCAGAACGACGGGAAGAUCACGCCUCGCAAAUCGCCCAGAUGAGCUUAGCGUUGUUACACAAAGUGAAAAACUUUGUGAUCAGACAUCGACCGAAUGAUCAGCUAAAACUUCGAAUCGGUAUGCAUUCGGGAUCAGUUGUCGCCGGCGUAGUAGGCUCGAAAAUGCCUCGAUACUGUCUGUUCGGCGAUACGGUCAAUACAUCAAGCCGUAUGGAAAGUAACGGACUACCGCUACGAAUCCAUGUCUCGUCGGUAACGAAGGAGAUUCUAAGCAAGGAUACGGGUUUCCGAUUGGAACUUCGAGGUGAAGUCGAGAUGAAAGGCAAAGGUCGACUAACGACGUAUUGGCUGAAAGGCUACAAA